AUGGCGGCCGUCAACGUUCCUAUCGAGAAAAGUCUCGACAUCGCCGAACUCGAGCGUGCCGAUACCACCGUCUCGGCUGACUCUGACAAGCUGAACGACGCCAGGAUCAAUGCCUUCACUCCAGAAGAACAAAAGAAGAUCAUGCGGCGUAUCGACAGACGGCUGGUGCUCACUUUGGGCUUUCUCUACUGCGUCUCCUUAAUGGAUCGUACCAACACCGGUAUCGCUGUCGUCGCCGGGAUGGGAGUCGAUCUCGUCCUGAUCGGGAAUCGAUACUCCAUCAUGGUGCUUGUCUUUUUCAUCACCUACGUCUUACUGCAGCCUCCUGCCACUGUCGUUCUUCGAAAAAUCGGCCCCCGCAAGUUCUUACCCACUAUCACUUUACUCUGGGGAAUGACAAUGUUAGCCGCUGGCUUUGUCAAAACCUGGACUGAGUUGACCGGACUUCGAGUGAUUCUCGGUUGUUUUGAGGCUGGUUUCUUCCCAGGCUGUGCCUAUCUUCUUAGCUGCUGGUAUCCUCGCUACGAACUCCAGAAGCGUAAUGCCGUCUUCUACCUCAUUGGAUCCAUGGCGUCCGCCUUCGCUGGUAUUCUUGCCUAUGGCUUCUCCCAACUGAAGAACCACGGAUCAGGCCCGAAAUGGUGGGGUCAGCACUAUGGCCCAACGGCAGAAGAUCCCACCGCACCAUCAGGGAUUCUGCCCGGUAUCGCGGGUUGGAGAUGGAUCUUCAUCCUACAGGGUGUCCUGACCUGUGUCCUGGCCAUUGGCGCCUACUUCCUGAUCGUGGACUUCCCCGAAAAGGCAACGAAUACAUUCGGGGUCAAGUUUCUGAACCAAAAGGAAGUCGAUUUCGUCGUUGCCCGCAUCGAAAAGGACCGUCACGACGCAAUUCCCGAGGAGUUCAGACUGGGGAAAUACUUGAAGAACGCUUUGGACCUAAAAGUCUGGGGCUUUGCCUGGCUCUUCGGUCUCACAACUACAAACACAUACGCGAUCGCGUAUUUCCUUCCAAUCAUUCUCAAUGACGGCAUGGGUUUCGACGUCGCAGCCUCACAAUGCCUCAUCGCACCCCCCUAUGUCCUGGCCGCAAUCGUCAUGUAUCUUUUCGCCUACCUCGGCGACAAGUGGCAUAUUCGAUCCCCCUUCGUUCUAAUCAACGGCUGCUUGCUCCUAAUUGGCCUCCCCCUUCUCGGCUAUUUGGACAACGUUCCUGUUCGCUACUUUGGGGUUUUCGUCGCGACCACUGCUUGCAACGCGAACGUCCCAGCUGUACUCACAUGGCAAGCAAAUAAUAUUCGCGGACAAUGGAAGAGAGCCCUCUGCUCGGCCACAUUGGUCGGCGCUGGAGGUAUUGGUGGUAUUAUAGGCAGCACGGUCUUCCGCUCGCAAGACAAGCCUAAUUAUCACCCGGGUAUCCUGACCUGCAUGCUGGCAAGUGGCCUGAUCAUCCUCAUCACCCUUGCUUUGGAUCUGAAGUUCUACCUGGCCAACAAGAGAGCCGCUGCUGGCGGCAAGCCGAUCGAGGGUCUCCAGGGAUUCCGAUACACUUACUGA